CCGAGCCUGACGAAUUGCCUGUCUUCCUUCUUGCCUGACUGCCAGCUCCCUGCCGGUCGGUCGCGAUGUGUUACGCGACCCGGCACUAGAAAAGAAAGAAAAAAAGAAAGAAAAACACACUCGGGAGGAAACUUAUAGAAAUGGCGGAGGGCACAGUGACUCUUAAAGGCUUGCGCAGCCAAAUGGCUGCAGCCGCGCAGGCCCAAGCCGAGGAGCGGCGCAGCCAGGCCGUGAGUCCAACACCUCCAGCAAACACAGCGGCCAAACCUCAGGGCUGUCGGCCAGUCCUUGACGGUGCCACGCUUCGAGUGGACGAUCGACUGCGAGUAGCAAAGGAGAGACGAGAGGAGGCAGACAGGCAACAAGCAUUGCGUGAGUCUCAGAUCAUGGAGCGCGAGCGCAAGGCCAAGAUGCAAGUGGAGCGUCAGCAGGAGGAGCGUCACAAGAAGGCCGCGGAACAGCGCAGGAAAGAGGAGCAGAAGCGUCAGGCUGUGGAGGAGAAGAGAAAGCAGAAACAGGAAGAGGAGAAGGAGCAUUAUGAGGCAGUGAUGAGACGAACGCUAGAGCGAAGCCAGCGAGCUGACCAGAGACAGAAGAGAUGGUCCUGGGGAGGAUUGUCAACAGACUCGGAUGGACGAGCAGGAGACUCAGAUGCCAGUGCCUCUUCUCCAGUAGCUAUAGUAAUCUCUUCUGCCUCACCAGAAAAGCCACCAAGGAACCAACAAGACAAGCGCUCCACAUCCAGCAUCAACCUCAAACAGCCAUCAGAAGCUAACAUCAACAAACGCCUGUCCUCGUCCUCUGCUACCCUUGUCAAAUCUCCCGACAAAAGUUUUAAAUCCAGGAGUGCGUCUUGUAACCGUUUGCCUCGUAAAGACGGUGCUGCAAAUGAGGAAGGCAAAAAGCUGCAGGCGGGGCCGACAGGUGCUUCCAUGAAGAAGAGGAGCUCGUCCCUCACACGAGUAAGUGUGGGCAGAGCACAGACCCCUGCCAAGGCUGCUAAGGGGACAGCAGAAAAUCAAGCCCGCAAGCAACCAACUUGCACUGUGGACGGCGGGGUCAUUAGUCGCCUGCUCACUCCCACCCAGGCCUCACUUGCUCGGAGCAAGAGUGCUGCCGCCCUUUCCCCUGAAGGAACAGAGGCUCCAGAGUGUCACCUGUGUCCUCGCUCAGCCUCCGCCACCCCGCUCCACCCGCCUCGCGGGCCGUUGCGCAGUCGCAGCAUCGACCGGCAGAAGAACGGCAUGACCACCUCCGUGUCGGCAGACGGAGCCCUCGACCCCUCGCUGAACAAGCAGGAAAAAACGUUGACCUUGUCUGGGCGGCAACGUCCGCCUUCUCCAUCCAUCCCCAUGGUACGCAACCGUUCGCCAUCCCCCGCCCCAAAACCAUCUCCAAAGAGGACUCCAUCCCCAGCAGCGUCAAAGCAAAAUUCAAAGGGACGCCCACCCUCACCUGCAAUGAAACAUCCCCCAUCGCCUCAGCCGACGUCAGCCAAACCCCCUCCGAUCCAAAAACCGGCUCUCACCCCGCCAGGUCCCCCUACCCUGCGCAAGAGGGACUCCCGCUCCAAGGACAUGCUGUUACCCAUGCAGGCUGGCUUGCCACACUCGUCCGACUCUAGCAAAUCCAAAGAGAAAGACGAUGCUAAGACGGGAACCAAUUCUGCUGCUGAGGCAGCCAAGCUCUUGGCAGAGCACCGCAGACAGAUGCGUGAGCAGAAGGAGAAAGAUGAGCAACUCAGGAUACAGCGUGAGGAAGAGGAGAAGGUCAGGAAAGAGGAGGAGCAGCGUCUGGCGCAGGAGGCUCUGCUGAAGCGCCAAGAGGAGGAAAAGAAGCUGGCAGAGGAGAGAAAAGUGAAGGAAGCGGAGGAGGCCCAAAGAGCGGAGGAAGAGCGGGAGAGACUGGAGGCUGAGGAGGCUCUCAAGCAGGCGGAGCUGCAGAAGGAGCGGGAGGAGGCCGAGGCCAAGGCCCUGGAGGAGGCCGAGAGGGUCCGCCAGGAGCGCGACCGCAUCAUGCAGCAGAACCAACAAGAGCGUAUGGAAAGGAAGAAGAGAAUUGAAGAAAUAAUGAAGAGAACUAGGAAAGGAGAUGGAAAUGACUUUAAGAGAGAUGAAGACAAGGACCAGGAAGACAAUGAAGAUGGAAUGGACACGUUGAGCUUUGAUGCAAGGAAUGAAAGUCAGAUGGGGGAUGUUGCCAUGGAGAUGCACAACUGUGGCGAUGGAGUCCCACAAAGAGAAGAACCCCUGGGCUGCCUGAAUAGGAGAGAGGAAACGGACGACAAGGAGAACAACAACGCCCCGGACGAGACUCAAGCACUCAGUCCAGUUCAAAAGAGCCGUCUGGUGGAGGGCUCGGAGUUCCUGAAUGAGCAGGACCCGGCCAAGGUGGAGCUGGUGUCGAGCCUGGGCAACAAGUCCAACCAGUGGAGCUUCGAGGAGCUCAUGGACCGCAAUGUCCACUCCAAGACUCACGGCCUCAUCGAGGCCGAGGACUGUAACCCGGUGCUGAUUAACUGCGACGGGCCGGAUGGCACCAAAGGAAGCCCAGUCAACUCCCUGCAUUCCUCCAGUCAAGCCAUCGAGACCCUUUCGGAGAUAUGAUGUUGCACACACCCAGCCGGCACCGGAAAGCCUCUCCACUGUUGCACUCCUCAACCUCCUGAGCUCAGUUGAAAAGUUUCCAAACCGCUUCUUCCCAUUAAUUCCAGAGGGAAGAGGCCAAGGUGAAAUGUAAAGACCUCGCCCCAAGUGCUUAUGUGUCUCAUCUACAAGAUGAAUGAAAGCUUCAGGGAAAUUUCACGUUCCUUCUUCUCGCGUCAGGUCUUCUUCCUUUUGUUUUAUAUGUUGUGUCUCAGAUGUUUUUAAAGUGUUUUUUUUUUUUUUUUGUCUUUGCUAGAGGUCCACUAUUGUAAUUUAUUCAUUCAUUUUGGCUUAUUUGUCAUUGGUUGUUUCGAUGUAUUCCUCUUGUAUGAGAGCGUUUUCGUUGUGCACCAACGUUAAAGGCGUGCUUGUUUUCGUAUCUCUCUGGGAAGUUGGCAGGUGGCUCUUCUAAAUUUACUUGACUGACUGUCAUUUUGGCAGCAUCUGACAAUUAUGGCCUUACCCAUUUUUUUCCCCCCUCCCCAAAAAAAACUAGUUUGGGUGUGGGGGUGAGGGGAUGACAUCGCCAUGUGUGAAGCAUGGAAAGCGGUUUGCCAUUUAUUCAAUCCCCUUAUUAUCCAACUGAAGGUUCAUUUGCCCUAGUAGCCUCUUUAUCAAAUAUGUUAAGAUUUAUGUACUAGUAUGUACAUUGUCCUGAAUACUAAAGACAAUUCAACGUACUAGUAGAAAGAGUAGUGCUCGCUCGUCCGCAUUAUCUGAUAGCCUUGAUAUCUGUACUGGUAGUGUGUUCUUUGUCCUCACUUGUAGGACAACUUUGGCAUACUAUUGGGACAACUUUGUUACUAGUGAAGCCAUACUGAACUUUGUAACACUUGCACGCUAUUGGCACAUGUAUUUGAUUUCCUUGGUAAGACAGCGACUAGCAUGAGAUAUAUGCCUACCAGUUGGCUGUGGCAAAGUCAUUUACGAGUAAAUUUUAAUUGCAAAGUAGCAGGCAAGAAGUGUCAGGGGUAGUGGGGGGGAAAAAAAAAACGUUACUAGUCAGACAGUCAUUUUUACUAGUGUGCUGAUUGUCUCACUAGUGAGGACAAACAAUGUACUCGUACAUGAUUCUUAAGAUGACUGUCAAGAAUAUAAAAUAAUGCUCAAACGGCUUUCGACAUGUUAUGUUGUCGUGGCUUGAGACACCCUGCGUUGCAGUCUGUUUUUGGCCACCAGACGGCAUAGAAAGAAUGUGUACAUUUCUAUCACAACUUAGAACUGUUUAUUGCUAUUCAGGGCUCAGUUGGCUUUGUUGAAUUUUUGUACAUUUGUAUAUGGAGCUUCUGUUUACUAACAAGAUGGUUUUAGUUUACGGAAGUCUGUUCCCUUUAGGAAAAAAAAUUAAAAUAUGCAGGAGAAUCCCUAUAUUUUAAUUAAGUCACAUCACCAACCCGUUCCAUCGUCUUGUACUCUGCACAUGCUAGCUGCUACAUUUGUAAGUUGGAAAAAAAAAGCAUUUCAGCUGUUUCUUUUAUUUAAUGUGACGUGUGGCUGUUUAUAUAUGAAAAUACAGUUCAGCAUAUAUUUAUGUGUUUGUAUAUGAAAUCAGUGUUAGGCCAAUGAAGCCCUGGUGAGGCCCGAGUAACGACUCUGAAAGUGGAUGACAAUUUUGAGCCUUUGGCCGUCGUUUUGUUUCCGCAGUUAAAAUCGUAAAUUUGUCGAAUGCGGAGGGCGGGGGGGCCUCCAUUUUAUGCCUUGUCUGUCGGCGCUCACACCCUCUCGCUAAACCAACGUAAGGACCUGAGACUGCUUUAAGAAGAGCCUUUGUACAUCGCAGCGUUCUCCACCCGUUCUGCAGUCUCACAUUGAACGUGGUGACAUUUUCAGGACAGUCGCUCUGCUCGAGCCACGGCUAUUUAGUGCCGCCUGCUGGAGGGAGGCUGCUACCACUUUCCGCUUGAUCAGAAGCCGUUUAACCAUUUUCGUAUCCUUGACCAUCUCCCUUCAAGCACUAGUACUGUCUUUGUCCUCACUCGUCAGACAAUGCUGCAUAUUAGCAGAAUGAACAUCUUAAAGGUUGUUUUUCCUCCACUACUAGUGCCACUUUUGCCCUACUAGUACUGUAUACAAUUAUACCUUGCUACUGU